GAGAAAUAAGCGUUUCACUUUGCUGGUUCGAGUGUAUCCCUUCGUGUCUUCCUCCUAACGCUCGAGGGAAUAUCACCUAUACCGGGUGUUACGAAGGUGCCAGUAUCUUAUGCUGCCCUUUCUCUUCUGUGCAGGACAUCGAAAAACCCACGACGGAGCCUGGUGCCAUAGACUCAGCUGAAGGGAGCCCUUCUGAACAAGAAGCAAAGGCGGUAGUGGUACGCUCGGAGUCAGAUCCAGAAUAUCUCCAACUACACGAAAAGGUGUUACUGGACAUCAUGGAAGCUCCAGGUGUGGCUGAUCUUCCUGUCUCGGUUCUGUCCAUUGCUGGAGGGUUCCGCCAGGGAAAAUCAUUUCUCCUGGGGUACAUUGUAAGAUACCUAGAACAGCUUGAGAGUGGAAAACCCGCUGAGGGGAUUAAUACUCCAGACGCACCGCUGAGAGGUUUUCCUUGGAAGUAUGGAGAGUCUAAAGUCACAACAGGAAUUCUUGUUUGGGGCAAGGUGUUCAAGGUGACCACGAAGAAUCACGGUCAAGUGGCUGUUAUUCUUAUCGAUACCGAAGGAACAUUCGACGACACGUCCACUGUAACUGGAAACGCCUCCAUAAUGUCACUAAGUAUGAUUGUCAGUUCAGUUCAGAUCUACAACGUAUCGCAGAACAUCAAUCAGAACGACUUGCAGCACCUGCAGUUAUUUUCGUCUUACGCUCGUGUGGCCCAAGGUGAAGGUUGUGGACAGAGCAGUAAACCAUUUCAGAAGAUGGUGUUCCUCGUUCGAGAUUGGAUGUAUCCAGAUGACCACCAGUACGGACUGGAGGGUGGUAACGCGUUUCUGAACACUUGGCUAAACAGAGGAGGCCCAUCGAAAUGUGCAGAUCAUAUCACAAGUACAUUUGAUAACAUCGAAUGCUUCUUGAUGCCUCAUCCCGGAGACAAAGUAAAGAAGUCGAGCUUUGACGGCAGGCUUUCAGGUCUAUCAGAUGAAUUCAAAGAACAUCUCAACGAUCUUAUCUCGUCUCUCGUGUCACCCGACAAACUUGUACUGAAAGAAGUUAAUGGAAAGCCGCUGAAAUGCAGAGAUCUUCCUCGCAUAUUUCAGGAGUAUUUCGAAACCUGUAAAGGGGGACAGUUGGAUGGACCAUGCACGCAUUUUGAGGCAACCGCCGACGCGACCAACCAAAGUACGUUGGAAGCAAUCCUCCGCACCUACACUGCAGGCAUUGAAGAGGUGAUGCAGGAUCCGGCAUGUGACAUUCAUCAACUGUGGAAGGCGGACGAGGAGCUCCGACAACUCUGUUCAUCCAAACUGGAACACGCUUCUCUGAUGGGAGCGAAACCGCACCAGUUGGAAGCGAAGAUGUCGAAGGAGAUCGACGCCAGCUUUAGAAGAUUCGAACGCUCUAUGUUGGAGAUACAGAAAAGCAAGGAUGACGACCAGGCUCGUCUGAAUGACCUAAAGAGGCAGUGUGAGGAGGAGCAGGACAAGAUAACUAAAGGAGAAGCUGGAAGAGAAAAUGAGGCAGACACCAGAUAA